UGACUCCACCCACUUCGUGAAAUCUGUAAAAGGACAAGACCCCAGAAAAAUUUCAGUGAUGUAUCUUCACUCUUUCAAGUUUUGUGGAGAUGGGUCGGAAGAAAAGUCAGAGAUGGGAUAAGAAGUUGAGAGCUUUUUUCUCUUAGAGCAGUGAAAGUUAUUUCUAAUUAGAGAGGUAAGUUAAUGGAAAGUGGGGUAUUGACCUGAUAAAUUGUAUUUUACUCUGGUUUCUCUCUUUUGGGUUUGUUAGUGGAGCCCAUAAGAGGGGUUGCAUAUGGGCAUUGCUGGCUUUCAGCAAUCUCUGUGUUCAUCUUCUUAUAAAGGGGAUUGUCAGCGGAGAAAGAAGAUUAGAGAAGCAGGAUCAAGAGAGUUCUUCCAUUCCUUUUUUUCAUUCUCUUCAUCGAACUAGAAUUUGGGGGUUCUUCUAAUUUUUCUUCUUCUGCUUGUUCUUCUUCUUUAGUUUUGUUGUGGAAUCAAGAAUAGGUUUGAGAAGUUAUUUGGACCAGUGAGAAGAAAACCCAUUUGCCCUUUUUUGGGGUUGAUGGAUCUGUCGAUCUAACAAUUUUACUCGCACAUGUAUUGCUGUGUCUCUUUUAGAUCUCCGUCGUUUUCAUUUGGUAUCAUCCAGUAGUUGCUGACCCCAACUGGCCAGAAUAGCCUAAUUACUAGAGGAAGGAUUUUGAGGUGGGGUUGGUGUUGCAUCCAUUUUGGAUGUGGAGGAAUUGGAGGCUGGCUCUGGUGCAAUGAGGGAUGUUAUCAAGCUUGAUGAACUUCCUGAGGGCUUGCUGGCAGCCAUGUGCCGAUCGUCUCUCGCGUCGUCGGGGCGGUGGUUCCGAUUCGGUUGGCUGCCAAGAUGGGCUACUUUGGUACAAGGAUCAUGGCCAUCACAUCAAUGGAGAAUUUUCUAUGGCUGUUGUUCAAGCCAACAAUUUACUUGAGGAUCAGAGCCAGCUUGAGUCUGGUCCCUUGAGCUUGCUCGAGUCUGGACCCUACGGAACCUUUGUAGGAAUAUAUGAUGGCCAUGGCGGCCCCGAGACGUCGCGAUUCAUAUGUGAUAACUUGUUUCAGCAUCUCAAAGUGUUUGCCACAGAAGAAAAGGAAAUGUCAGUAAAUGUGAUAAAAAAAGCAUUCCAAGCAACAGAAGAGGGGUUUCUCUCUCUUGUCACCAAGCAAUGGCCUAUGAACCCCCAGAUUGCGGCUGUUGGUUCUUGCUGUUUGGUUGCUGUGAUUUGUAAUGGGAAACUCUACAUUGCCAAUCUUGGUGAUUCCCGAGCUGUGUUGGGAAGGCUUGUUCGGUCCACGGGGGAAGUUCUUCCCAUUCAGCUGUCAUCGGAGCACAAUGUAAGCAUACAAUCAGUCCGCCAGGAGAUGCAGUCUUUGCACCCAGAUGACUCCCAGAUAGUAGUGCUGAAGCAUAAUGUAUGGCGCGUAAAGGGCUUGAUUCAGAUUUCUCGGUCAAUCGGAGAUGUAUAUCUCAAAAAGCCAGAAUUUAACCGGGAGCCUUUGUAUGCUAAGUUUCGCCUCCGAGAACCCUUCAGUAGGCCUAUCCUCAGCUCUGAACCAGCGGUCUCUGUGCAUGAACUCGAUCCAAAUGAUCAAUUUCUCAUAUUUGCCUCUGAUGGGCUGUGGGAGCACCUUAGCAACCAGGAUGCAGUCGAUAUAGUUCACAAGCAUCCUCACAGUGGAAGUGCAAGGAGGCUGGUGAAAGCAGCAAUGCAGGAAGCAGCUAAGAAGCGAGAAAUGCGAUACUCGGAUUUGAAGAAGAUUGACCGUGGGGUUCGGCGUCAUUUUCAUGACGAUACAACAGUGAUAGUCGUGUUUCUUGGUUCGAACAGAGGGAGCAGUACUACAGGAGGAGGGAGCCCUGUAUUGUCUGUGAGAGGGGGAGGAGUGAACCUAUCUGCAAAAUCUCUAGCACCAUGAGAACUCAACACUGCCCCACAAUGAAUAAUAAUAAUAGAAAGCUUUUGAGGGCCCCCUUCUCUGGGAUUCAGUGACCCACAAGUUGUAUAUCAAGGAGAGAUGAGAGAAGGUUCACUAAUAUUCUUUAAAUGCUCUGCUCUGCUCUGCCUGGUUCAGUUCUACUCAGCACAGUGUAACAUUUUGUCUUUUUUUUUUUCUUUUUAAUUGCUUUCUAAGAUCUUCCAAGGAAGGUACAUUCAAAACUGGCAAUUGAGCUCAAUGGAUAUGACAAUGAGAGAUUUUCUUCUCCGUCUUCCUUGCA